AACUGUGUGGUGAUCAUGUUCGAUGAUUGGGCAGAAAGAAGGCAUGUUUUGCUAACUGUACGCAUACAUUUUCAGUAGAAAGGAUCUGUGAGAGCCAGUUGUAUUUGUAUGAGAUUUGUGUGGAGCUUCUGCUCUGGGAAAAAUACGGUCAGCUGUUCGUAUCCCAAAUUCCGGUGUCGUAAGAAUGUGUUUGUGUAGGUUCGUGAUGGAGCAUAGGGAUUUCUAAUUGCGAAGGGUUCGUGGAGGGGUUUUAUAAGUCCACAUGGAAGUCAGGCGUAAGUGACCAGUACACUAUUAAAAAUAUUCUGUAGUUGUGGUACUUUGACAACGAAUAAAAUGGAUUCAAGAAGAAUGAGUUUCAAGAAUCCAUUUCCCCGGCCAUGGAUGGAAAAUUCCGGCGCCGCAGCAGCGGUAGGUGGAAGCUCCGUGGGUCUUAAAGGAAUUAUAGCUGGUGGAAUCACAGGAGGCAUUGAGAUAUGUAUCACAUAUCCAACAGAAUAUGUGAAGACACAACUACAGUUAGAUGAGAAAGCUGGCACUGCUGCCAAGCAGUACUCAGGCAUCUGGGAUUGUACCAAGAAAACUGUCCAGAGACAUGGUGUGUUUGGGUUGUACAGAGGCCUUAGUGUUUUGGUAUAUGGCUCCAUACCAAAAUCAGCUGUGAGGUUUGGUGCAUUUGAGACAUUCAAGAAGUUUACAGUGGAUGACAAGGGGAACCUCCGUCCUGUGGACAGAAUGCUGUGUGGUUUGGGCGCUGGAGUUUGUGAGGCCAUUUUUGCUGUUACCCCUAUGGAAACAGUCAAAGUGAAAUUCAUCAAUGAUCGGAGGUCUGCCAACCCAAGAUUUAGGGGAUUCUUUCAUGGCUGCUCAGUAAUUGUUAAAGAUGAAGGCUUUGGAGGGCUGUACAAGGGGGUAACAGCCACAAUAUUAAAGCAAGGUAGCAACCAGGCUAUCCGCUUCUUUGUGAUGGAAACGUGCAAGGACCUGUAUAGAGGGGGUGACCCCAAGAAACCUAUUCCUACUCUUGUAACAGGAGUAUUUGGUGCUUUCGCUGGUGCCUGUUCAGUGUUCGGCAACACACCCAUUGAUGUUGUCAAAACAAGGAUGCAGGGUUUGGAAGCCAAAAGGUACAAGAAUACCUUAGAUUGUGCUAUAAAAGUGUUCCAAAACGAAGGAGUUGCAGCGUUUUACAAGGGCACAGUUCCUCGACUGAGUCGUGUAUGCCUGGAUGUUGCAAUCACAUUCAUGCUGUACGAUAGCUUCAUGGAAGUGUUCAACAAAAUGUGGCCUUGAAGGCAGUCAUUCCAUAUCGGCAUGUUGUCAUGCAGUAGUACAUUGAAUGUUAGAUAUGUAUUUGUGCACUAAAUCUGUAGGGUUUACCACUAUGCAACACAACAGGAUGCAUUGAAACUGUGGGAAAAGUGUUGGUCACUUUGGGUUAUUUUGGAUGUGUCUUAUUGUAAUUCUGAUACUACAUUGUCUCGCUGAGGGUACACGUUGUAGUUUUGAACCGCCAUUAGCAUGCAAAACUUAACAUACUUUGGCAGAAGUCUGUUAUAGGCCCACUUUCAUUUCUUUAAUAAUGGGUAAUAAGAACAUACACAAAAAGUUAUUGUUGUGUUACACCAUAUUCCAAGAAAUCUAGCCAUUAUAUGUGUAGUGCUUUUUUGCAAGUGAGAGCAUUUAUGCACAAGUAUCUCCUGUGUAGAGGUGUGACUUCUUAAUCAGCAGAAGUGCUGGGCUGCAGGUUGAACAGUUUGUGUUCAGUUUUCAGCAAAAGUGUUGGGAUAUUUCUUAUGGUAAGCAUUCCAAAAAUGUCCCUUUUCAUCUACUAUUUACUGGGGAUCUUAGGGGCUGUUACCAGAUUUAUAAAGCUGGAACAUGUAACUGAUCUCUCACAUCUAUCAAGUGUGGACGUUAAGAAUGCAUGCAACUCUACCUCUUCACCCUCUGUACCUUCUUGGCAUGGUUGUUAGGCACAGGGAUAAUUUCCAGUGAACUUCAAAAUUAAUUUCUCCUGUCAGUUUAAAUUAGCACACUCAUCCUUAUGGUCAGUUAUAGGUCAUACCAUAAAUGGUUGUUUAAAAUGGAGUGUGUUGCAUGUUGUUGUGCUGCAUCGUGAGUGGUCUACUGCAGUCAUGAGGGAAAUUAGGGGUCUUUGAGAUUGUAUGUGUAAUGUAUGCACACCAGCUGCAUAUUUUUUUGUAAUGUAGAAAUGUAGUGAAGGGAGAAUAUAAGCAGCUGUGUAUAAUGACUGACAGAACAUAAUUACAAUAAAAUAAGUAAAUCUUGGGUGAAAACUUUUGGAUUAGGUACAUUUUGUGAAACUGAUUUAAUACAUCUCUAUUUUUUUAGCAUUUGGUACAAUGUAAACAUUAUGUUUUUACAUUCCUUUAUAUGUAGUGAGAAAGACUGCAGACAUUGAAGACUUUUUAAAACUAGAUUCUUAACUCAUAAUGAGGACCAGUAGUAUACUUCCAUUAUGUAUGCUUCUGUAAUUCAUUUCAAGUGAAGUUUCUCACUGUGAAUAUUUAAUUUCAUAAAUCUUUAGUUCCCAGAGCCUAGCCAUGAUCCAUACAGUUUCUGUUCAGGGGUAUUAUAUGGCAGUAGCAGAAUUAUAGGAAAGCAGGGAUUGUAUUAAAUACUUGCACAUUUUAAGUGAAAAUAAGGGAUUUUUUUAAACUUGUCAUACAUUUUAUAAAAUUGUGUUGUAAGAAGAACAUUCCAAUCUCCAUCUUCACCUCUUCUUCUUCUUUCUGAGAGUUGAAUGCAAAUUUUUAGAGAAUAAUUGCUUUUGGAGUGAAUUAUUAUUGGAUAAACAUUUAUAAAUUUAAAACAUUUAUACACGUUUGGGACCAGAUUUAUUGCAAAUUUCAGGCUGUAUUACGUAGUGAAAUAAUUUGGGAGUUCCAGAACUGGUUCUGUGACUUUAGGGAAAUAUAAUUGAAAAUUGAUGAAAUUUUUCCAAAGCCGUUAAACAAGUUCAUUACUAACAGAAUACAAGAACAUGAAAGCAGUAUAAUAUACAAAUAAAUAAAAGUUUGUUACACUUAGAGCAAUCUUUAUAGUUAUUAAUGAGAAUAUACAUAAUUAUAUGUUCAAAAUAAAUUAUUGCACUGUGUGAUAGUUUUAUCUACAUAAUUCUGAAUUAUGACAAUUCAUUUGGCAGAGGAAUAGAAAGGUCGUUUCUCCACGGAAGUAUUUUUCUCAGUAAUUCUCACUGUAUUUAAAACUGCCACAUUUCCUAUAAAGUAAUUUAUAUUACUGCAUUUGUGAAUGAAAAUUUGGAUAUGGUUAGCAUGCAUUAAAAUAUAUGGUCUGUCCAAGAUUGAACCAUGCUUGUCUUUUGGAACUUAGCAUCAUGGUGUAUUGGACACUGUUCCUGCCUUAUGUUAGAUCUGAGUCCUAGCCAACAACCAGCUGUCCUGAGAUCUUUGUAUGGGUUUCUUCAGUUUCUCCAAGUAGAUGUCAGGAUGGCUGUUUUGUGCAGUCCAUGAUAAUUAACUGACAGGCCUCUCCAUUUACUGUGCAAAGACUUAUAUCAUUUAUCAUUCAGUAUUAUUUUUGCAAUUAAUUUACUGUUUUUCUAUAACCAAAAGUCACUGAAACACCAACCAGUUCAUGUACGACUUGACUAAAUUGUUCUGGGUAUGCAGAUCAUCUUAGACAGUGGAAAUCUUUAAACAUUAUUAAUAAGUGAUGACUGAAGAAAACUGUGGACAUUUCUUAUUCAGUUAUUUAAAUGUAUAAGCUGCCUGUUUAAUAUAAUACUACAUCUUGAGUGUAGUAUCUCAUAUUUCUCUGACUGAAUAAAAUCUGGUGCCAAUCAUUUUAGAGUAAAUUUGACAUAUUCAUUUGAGGCAUUAUUCAGUUAUGUUUGGAGUACAUAGUGUGGCUUCCAUAUUACAAUUUUUUGUCUGCCCUUUGAAGAAUAUAUAAUUGUUUUGAGUGUGUUGUUAAGUUGUCUUUACAUUCCACCUGAAAGUAUAUUGUAAUGAGAUAAUUUUUCAUUCCAUGUUCUUCAUAACUACUCAUUUGUUACACUGUUUAUUUUUUGAUCCUUAAAGGAUCCAAAUUAAAUAUUACAUUCAUACAGGUCACAAACAGAAGAAAGACCAAAAGUUUUCAAUUCAGCAUUUUAUUUUGGGCCUAAUAUAAUUAGUGAUUCAUUUGUUUGUGUUUUUAAAGCUGAUAAUAUAUGUUUUUGAACUGUUACUUAUUAGUGAAUAGUUUAUACUUUGUUAAGUUUAAAUUCAUGUUUGAUUAUGGAAUGUAUAGUGAAUGAAAUGAACAAAGCAAUGUGCAUAUUCUUUUGCUGCAAUUUGGAUUUUGCUCAUGACAUGAAAAUAAGACCAAAAAUGACAAAUAAUGAGAAGUGGUAUUGUUAUGAAUUAAUAUGCAUUUAAGUUUUAGUAUUUUUUAUCACGUUCCAAUUGUUAUAUAAUGUCUUUGAGUACAUGAUCAAUUUGGUGUAUUUAUUCGUCUGAAGGUGUUAGGUAGUACCAUGCUUUUAUAUUCCUCAGCUUGUAUUGUUACAAACAUUUAUUUGUUAAAAGUUUAUUAUUGAUAAAUAUAGUGUUUUACUGUAUAUUUAAAAACAGAUACAUAGAGUGAAAUCACAUUAUGACAUAUGUCUAUUGUCCUCGGAACUGUAGGCACUAAUAUGUUAUAAUGAAACUACGUAUAUGUGUCACGUUACCACUUAAUAAAGUUCAUAGUUCCUAAUGCAUCUAUUAUGAAAUUAUUUUGUUAUAUUUUACAUUAAUAAAAGAUAUUAUGCUGAGAGUGGUAACACUGUGACAUGAGACAUAAAGCUAUCAGUUAAUUUGAGGAAAGCACUAAAUCAUAUUUCAGAAUGUUUUUCAGUUUUAUUUCAUUUGAAACUCUUUUGUUUUCUCAUCAUGGAAUCCUCAGGUUAAGAGACAUGGUAAUCAGUCUUCCUGUAAAAAUGUUACCUGUAAUACCUGUAAUAAGGAUUUACUUGUGUAUCCUUUUCUUCUUGAUGUGCAUCUUUUUUUCUGUCAAAAAUAUCAAACAUUUUAGGUAGAGCUGAGAUUGAAGUUCACAGUCAAACAGAUCAAAACUAUUUGGUGUCUGCUUUGUGAUCCACUUGAUUUAGUACAGCAGAAUCCUAUCUGUAUACCAAUAUAGAUCUGAACUAGGCAGCCAUUUGUUACAGUUUCAAUGUCUUGGCAGAUGCUGGUAGCUGAGAAUGAAACUUCACAAAAUGUACAAAUUUAUAACUGGACUAAAGUUUAGUUAUAUGGAACAUCUGAAAGGAGAUAUGUUUUCAUUGUAGUACAGUUUCUCCUCAUUUCAGCAUUCAUUUGAUAUAUUCCUAGCACAGUAAUAUCUGCUAAACAUCUUUAAAAUUGGGGGUUUUCUGCUUUUCAAUAUUCAAGUUGGUGGUUGUUCAGAGAAUAUUAAAUGAGUUGCAGUAUACAUCCCUUCAGACUGGUGGCUGCACUGUUGAUAACCCCCUUUCCCAGCUAAAUAUAGAGAUCUUAAAUUGAAUAAAAUCAGCAAAGAAGAAUGAGAAAAAAAAUCAUUUUGCUUCUGCAGUGUUAUUUGAAGAAAUACUUUGAAGAUUAUUGAUAUAAUUCAUAAUGGGAUUUCACUGUAUGUUGUAAGACUUUUAUUUCAGCACUUACUGGGGUUGUGAAGUAACUGAUGCUGCAGUGAACUAUAAAUGGCAUUUGCCCAUAGUUUAAUUUAAUCACCCUGUUAGGAGAACCAAAUGUGGUAUUUGCCAGUUCCGAAUUGAGAGCACCAAUCAUUGACACAUGGUUGUUUGACUGUCAGUGUGUUAAAACUGAAUCUGAUGUUUGCCAGCUCUGAACAAAGGGUACUGACCUUUGACGCAUACAGUUACCAGCUCUUAAGAACAAUAGAACAUGAUGUAUACCAGUUCUGAACAAAGAGCACCAACCUUUGACACACACGCGCACACAAGCUAUUUGACUGUCAACCUGUUAGUACAACAGAAUGUGAUAUUUUCCAGCUCUGGACAAAGAAUACCAACUUUUGAAACAGAUGUUUGACUGUCAUCCUUUCAGUACAAUAGGAUACGAUGUUUGCCAGCUCUGAACAAAAAGCAACAACCUUUGACACAUAGUUGUUUGGCUGUUAACUACCAUGUGAGAUAGUGUUUUACUGUUCAAGCAGCAUAACUGCUGCAUGUUAAAGGUUAGUUCAGGAGAAAUGAAGACAAUUUAUUUUGUUACUGAUCAUUGAAUAUAGGAAGGUCAGUUGAGGGACUGCAGUUUUAAUCCUUUCUGAAUUAAAUUGAAUUUAGAACAAAGUCUUUUGUAUGUUUGUUUGUUUGUCUUGCUUAUAAUUCUAUUAAUAUAAACAAAUAGUUAACUUUAAAGUCAAGGCAUGACAGUAAUUUUCAUUUUCAUACUCAACAUCUGAGAUGUUAAAAUUUUAAGUAUCACGUAUUUCUGACUAAAAUCUUAUUCACUGCAUGAAAUAUGUUAACUAGAAAUUUUAUUUGCUGAUGCAAUAUGCUUUGACUUUACAGUCCACCAUUUUGGAACAAAUAACAUUAUGUUUACCAUAUUUGCUUGCUACUGUAAUGGAAGUAAAAUUGAAUAGCUACUAACAGGACUAUGAAGUCUUGGAUUGUCAUACACUAUGUGAAAGUGUUUCAACCCUUGGUGCAGCAGUUUAUCACUUUUUGCCAGCCAAAUUUUUUACAAAGAUUUGAAAAACCAGUCCUAUGCUCUAAGAAAGAAGCUGUUAGAUCAUGGAGCUGCAUUUAUUACUUUUUAUCACAUGAGUAUAUUAAAGUCAGCUUCCCAAGUUUUCCUCUUUUUUUCAAGGAAUAACUUGCCCUUAUCUCCAAUUAUAGGAAUUUUACUGCCACUUACACUAUUAAUAUUUCUUCUGCCAUACCAGGCUUUAAACCUUAUCCUAGACUGGCAGGCCAUUUCAUCAAAAGGAUUUUUCAGUUUUUUUAUAUAAAUGAAAUUUAGUUUACAUAGCUUCAGCUUCAUCAACUCUUGUCUUUAGAAAUCCAAAUUUCCAUAGUUAAAAUACUGCUACAGAUGUAGCAUACAAAAAAUAAAUGUGCCCCUAGCAUGAAACCAUGCCAUGACCACAGAUUGUCUGAUAUAUGACCUUAAGUGAGGAAAAUAAUGGAAUGCAGGGGUGAAAUGGUUGAGGAACUAAUGAAGGAUUAACAUAUUUUCAAAGGGUUAAAAUAAUAUAUUCUAGUUAGACACAGCUCUCUGUCAUAUCCAAGGCAGAUGUGGGAUGCAAGAAUGCUUAUAUGUGGAUAUCCAUUAGGACUGGAUCAGUGGUGGUACUCGAAACUUCUGCCAGGAAUUGAGACAUGUAUCUCAGGGUUUGAUGUGUUUGGUUGUAGGAAGCAAGGUGAUACUGAUUUUUUGUUGUUGUUGUACUAGUUUUGUAACAUGAUAAUAGAUGGCCUUUGGUAACUGAGUAGUUUACUGUUGAGGUCACAGUCUUCUACUAAACUCGGUGAGAGGCUUUCGUUAUAUACAUCCAUUCACAAGAAGCAAUCCUAUUGUUGGAAGUCUUGGCAUGCACUCUAAUUAAUCAUGUGUUUUGUCCUGCUUAACUCUUGCUACUGAAGUGAUUAUUUUGUGGCUUGCUGAAUCUAACAAGGGAUUAGUAUUUCAUUGGAUAUGCUGAACUGCUAACCCUUUUGACACAAUUAACUUCUUGUCUCAGCCAUUUAAAGUUAAAGUCAAUACUCAGCCAGGCACAUACUAGCCUCUUCAUAUGCUAUCUGUUGAGGCAUUUUGCACUGUUAAGCCGGCUUUGGAACUGCGUCCAUCCAUCAUUUACCUUGGGCUCUCUACAUACAGUAUAUGGAGGGGUUAAGAUAAUACUGUCAUGCUUGACUGGUUCUAAAAAAAGAUGCUUAUGUUUCUUUCUCUCAUUAGUCUUGUACAUACCUAAUGUACUCUGCAGCUGCACAAAAUAUUUUGUUUAUUACUAUACAUGAUGAAUAUUAAGAUUUUGGGAUAUGACACCACAUGCUUUUGUAGAUACGCACCAUUGCUUCAGAGGAAGCUAAUACCUCCUCCUACCCUGUACAUGGUGACAGCAGGAAUCUGUAUUCUUCACAAUCCAAAGUUCUUUGGUAGAGAUGAAGGUUUUAGUCUGUCAGCCGAAGAUUCUGUGUACUGAUCUCACCAAAGGUCAACAUCAGAAUCCUCUGAAUGAGAGCUGAGCUCAUACCCUGAGCACCAUAUCCUACACUUUGGGAUGUUUGCUUAAUACUUCUGUGUUAUUUUUUGUCAUAUGGGAUAUCGAAGUACUCAAGGCCUCUUCCACUGCUGAUACCAGCAGUUUACAUUCUUACAGUAGUGACCUGUCUCAAGGAUGGUAAUAUGAAAUUUGAAUUGGCAAGACUGUAUUGUUGUUAGGAUAGUGAAGAUUAAUUUAUGUGGAAUCAGUUAUUGUACUGCAAUAAUAUUUGGCUGUUUGUGAAAGACAAUUUUAGUGUUUCUUCUACACCAUAUCUGAUUUUUUCUAUUUUAUAUAAUUCUCAGUUGUCACAAGACCAAUGUAAAGGGUUGUCUGCAUAUAUCUUGCCUGUCUGUUUUUGACUGUUCAAAUAAAUGAAGUAAAAUGUGCAUCCACACA